GGAGGACUGUACUCUGUGAUUGCGCCAAAAGCGCGGGAAGCUGCAGUUGUUGUUCGAUCGCCUUCCCUUCGCCGCUGACUGAGAAGGGGGCGCCAUGGCUGGCAGGCGAGGGGCGCUGAUCGUGCUGGAGGGGGUGGACCGAGCUGGCAAAAGCACGCAGACCAGAAAGCUGGUGGAGGGCCUGCUGGCAGGGGGACACCGGGCCGAACUCCUUCGGUUUCCCGACAGAACUACAGAAAUCGGACGGCUGAUAAGUUCCUAUUUGGAAAAGAAGAACAAUUUGGAGGACCACACAGUGCAUCUGCUAUUUUCUGCUAAUCGCUGGGAGCAAGUGCCAUUGAUUAAAGAGAAGUUAAACCAGGGUAUCACUCUGGUAGUGGACAGAUAUGCGUUUUCUGGAGUAGCCUUCACAGGUGCUAAAGAGAACUUCUCUUUGGAAUGGUGUAAGCAACCCGAUGUUGGGCUUCCAAAACCAGACUUGAUCCUUUUUCUUCAGUUGAGCACGUCUGAAGCAGCCAAACGAGGAGACUUUGGAAAUGAACGAUAUGAGUACAGCUCUUUUCAGGAGAAAGUUCUGCAACACUUCUACCGUUUGAUGGAAGAUAAGACUUUAAACUGGAAGGUGAUUGAUGCUUCAAAGAGCAUAGAAGACUUGCAUAAUGAAAUAAAAUCGUUUGCCGAGGAGGUCAUGCGAGAAGCUCAGCACAAACCCAUAGGAGAACUGUGGAACUAGGACUGGAGUAUAUCAUCUCCUAUGGGUCACUUCUCACCUAGCCAAAAUCUGCACCGUUCACCUUCAAACCACCCUGUAUUUAUAUUAUCAAAUAGGAUUUGUUAGACUUGCUAUUGAUGCAGCUCUCUUCUUUCUGUUUUGGGUGGCAUUUUAUAAGAGAAUGGUCUGGCAGCUCUGUCGGGACUUGGACUGGAGUAGAUGCGUGAAAGAAGCAUUAGACAAAGGUCUUUCUGUCCUACCAAGAGAGACUUAAUACUUCAGCUGUACAGUAGCUGUUGUUUUCCAGACUCAAAAUUUUAAAACAGCUGAAUCUUUUCGUAAUGAGGGGAAAGAGGUUUACUAAUAAAUGUCAGAUUUUCACAUGAUGUUGUCAACCACAAACUUAUGUUGAGUGGAGGAUUUUUUUCAGCCCGAAGACCACACUGCCUCAUGGGCAACCUUUUAGAAGGCCACAUGCCAGUGGGACACAGUCUGAGAGGCAAGAAGUGGGUAGACAACAGAACAACUCUUCCCUUUGUAUGGUAAGCUACAUUCCAACUAUGCAAA